CCCGCCGGAAGCACUCGCGCGCCCCGGGGCCAGCGGCGCACCGGGGUCCGGCGCUCGGGGCUGCAGUGGCUGUGAGUCCCGCGGUCCCUGGCUCUUCUCCGCAUGGAUCCCGCAGAACGCGCGCAGGCGGCGCGAGCUCGGGUGCCCAGGAUCGAUCCGUAUGGAUUUGAAAGGCCCGAAGACUUUGACUAUGCGGCUUAUGAAGAAUUCUUUUCCACGUACCUGGUGAUACUCACCAAGAGGGCGAUCAAAUGGUCCAAACUUCUAAAGGGAAGCGGUGGUGUCCGGAAAAGCGUGACAGUGAAGCGCUAUGUCCGGAAGGGAAUCCCCCUGGAGCACCGGGCCCGUGUGUGGAUGGCCGUGAGUGGAGCCCAGGCCCAGAUGGACCAGAACCCUGGAUACUACCAUCAGCUGCUCGAGGGAGAGAGUAGCUCCAGCCUGGAGGAAGCCAUCAGGACAGACUUGAACCGGACAUUCCCUGACAACGUGAUGUUCCGGAAGACGGCGGAUCCUUGUCUCCAGAAGACCCUGUACAACGUGCUCCUGGCAUAUGGGCUACACAACCCAGAUGUGGGGUACUGCCAGGGAAUGAACUUCAUAGCUGGGUACCUGAUCCUCAUCACUAAGAACGAAGAGGAGUCCUUUUGGCUCUUGGACGCACUUGUUGGAAGAAUAUUACCUGAUUACUAUAGCCCAGCAAUGCUGGGGCUGAAGACUGAUCAAGAGGUCCUGGCAGAGCUGGUGAGGAUGAAGCUGCCGGCUGUGGCAGCCCUGAUGGAUGGCCAUGGUGUGUUGUGGACCCUGCUGGUGUCCCGCUGGUUCAUCUGCCUGUUUGUGGACAUCCUGCCUGUGGAGACAGUGCUACGGAUCUGGGAUUGUUUGUUCAACGAAGGCUCCAAAAUCAUAUUCCGGGUCGCUCUGACCUUGAUUAAGCAACACCAGGAACUCAUACUGGAAGCCAGCAGUGUUCCUGACAUCUGUGACAAGUUCAAGCAGAUCACCAAAGGGGACUUUGUGACAGAGUGUCACACAUUCAUGCAGAAAAUAUUUUCAGAACCAGGGAGCCUGUCCAUGGCGACCAUCACCAGGCUCCGGGGGAGUUGCCGAGCCACGCUGCAGGCACAGAGCUGAGUGCGCAGGCACCCGCCGUCCGCUGCUGCAGUAGUCUUCAGAGCUCACACUUCACAAUUCCUACCACGUUGUUCCUGCUGUAAAUACUUGAAAUCUCAAUACUAAAUGUGAACUUUUAAAAGAA